CAUUGACAUACCAGCCUUCGGAAACCGAAAGAACAAGGCACUCGACGGAAGUUUUCUUGCCUGAUUAUAACACGUUUGCCUAUAUUCUGUACAUCAUUGCGAAGAUUUCAGACUUAAAUAUUUGGAACUAUUGCCAACAAAGCCGACAACUAAUGCGACCUGUUGUUGUCUGACUGUCAGAAUCCCGGUAGCGCGUGGUAGGUUGCAUAGUUAAUCUGCGCUGACUGUCGUUAGCUGCCUAGCAUAGCUGUGGAAGAGCAAAAGACUGAGUGGACUCGACAAAAAGAAAGUUAACACAACCAGGGACAGUCCACAGUCUCUCUGUGGCUCAUCUCCGAAUAGCGCUGGACCGCUGAUGUAAUGCCUUGAAUAAGGAGAAGGAUAUUCUUCGACCUGCACUCUUCGGUUUGCCGUGAGAACACUAAUUCACCUGCUCAUGGCGUGUGCAAAAGUGCCACUGGACGAGCAGCAUGUCACCGACGUCGUAGGGCCUAUGGGCCGUGAACGCACCCUCCCGGCACUGCACCCAGACCGUAAGGAGGAGCGUUGUUUCCUUCUGUACAAACCUCCUCCCGAGAAUAAUUCGUCUGCACAGAUCGAGGAGUUCUUGGAGCAAGCUCAGUUUAUAUCUGAAGAUUUGGAGUGGUUGCUGUCACUGCCUCAUGAUAAAUUCUGGUGCCAGGUAGUGUUUGAUGAGUCUGUGCAGAGAUGCCUGGAUUCUUACCUGAGCUACGCUCCUCGCUCUCUGGACGCGACUCUGUCUCUCUCGUCUCCUGCUGUGGCCGACAUGCAGCGCUGCAUCCACCGGUCUGUGUUCAUGGUCUUCCUGAGAAUGGCUACCCACAAGGAGUCCAAGGAGAACUUCAUCACCCCGGAAGUAUUCGGAGAGAUAAUUUACAACAACUUCCUGUUUGACAUUCCUAAGAUCCUGGACCUCUGUGUGCUCUUUGGCAAAGGCAAUGCACAGCUUCUGCACAAGAUGAUCGAUAACAUUUUCACACAGCAGCCUUCUUACUAUGGUGAUUUGAAUGAAACCGUUCCCUCUAUCAUCCAGGUGCUAGACACAGUCCUGGAGAAGUGUGGCCUUCAAUCUGAGGGAGCCUCUGCCUCUGAGCCUCUUAAACUCAACUCACAUGGUCGUACGACUGCCAUGACCAUGUCUCAGGAAGACCUUGUGGACCUGAUGGUGUACAUGUGUGACACGUGUACCACUCUUCACUCCUUCUUGGACAUUUUUCCCGCAGCCUGCCAAACAUUCCACUCCCACGGCUUUCUCAGCAGACUAACUUCGUUUUACGAGAUGGCAUUUCCUGACUUGGAGAAAGCAGUGAGAAAGAGGAAUUUUGAUAGAAGUGUUCAGGACGACCUGUGGAGUAGGCUUUGCCAUUCGCGUAAGAAGUUGGUGGAGAUAGCCCAUCUGCUUAUCCAACACACCUGCCUGCAGCCUCUUCUAGAGGGCACUGAGAACACACUGUCUUAUGUGGAGGAACUACUGCAGAAUUUCACCAAUUUCAUUCAGGAGAAAAGAUUCCUGGCUGAUUAUGACGAGCAGUUUCCGUUGGCAGAUGACAUCAGUCUCCUGCAGCAGGUGUCUCCUCACCUAGAUGAGACCCGCACCUCGUACCUCCUUCAGGCAGUGGAAAGUGCCUGGGACAGUGUGGGCAAGAAGAGGGGCACACGCCGGAUGCCCGCGGCCGCUGGGACCGGCACUGGCGCUGGCGCAGGGUCUGAUUGGGAUGGCAGAGGGGCAGCAGCCGCAGGUCUCGAAGGAGCUGCAGCUGCGGCGGUGGAGGACUUCCCUCAGAAGGGAGAUAACGGGGCAGUAUGCACAGUGAGUGCUGGGGAGCUGGAGUCGCUGUUGACCCACAUAAGGGACCUGCUGCCUGACCUGGGGGAGGGCUUCAUCCUAGCCUGCCUGGAGGAGUACGGCUACAGCACCGAGCUGGUCAUUAACAACAUCCUGGAGGACCGACUGACUCCAGCCUUAGACAAGUUGGACCGGACAAUGCCUAGGCCAGUGAAAGAGGAGCCGCCGGAGGUGCUCGACAGUAGGUCCAAUGUGUUUGAUGACGACGACUUUGACGUUUUCCACAGGGAUCAGGUGGACCUGUCCCGCAUCUGGAAAGGCAAAAAGAAAGGAGAAAGCUUCCAGGCCCUGCUGGAUGACAAACAGCACAUAGCGGAGCAGAAGGCCCGGUACCUGGCCUACGAAACCGUGGUGGACGAGGUUCUGGUGGGUCCCGGCGAGCCUGGUGCCACUGGAUCGGGCUUCCUAUUGGACGACUAUGAUGACGAAUAUGAUGAUACAUACGACAACAGCCAAGUGGGAGCCAACGAUCUCGAUGAUGACGAUGAUCUAUUAAACCGAAGACCAUUCACCACCCCACUGGUCCUUCAAAUGCACAAGAAGACUCAGGGCAGAGAAGAGGAGGAAGAGGAGGAAGAGGAAGAGAACAAGGAUGAGGGCGUGAAGAGAGACAUGUUCGUCCAGGACCCUGCUGUACUGAGGGAGAGGGCUGAGGCCAGGAGGGCUGCUAUGCAACACAGGAGAGGAUUCAGACCCCCUCCUCCCCGCCAAGUGGAAGGCAGACCCAAAGGCCAGGGCCAGACCCUGGAGACGUUUCUGGACAGGCGGAAGAAGGAGGCCAACAAGAGCCGAGGUGCCAACCACAACCGCAGAAACAUGGCUGACCGCAAGCGGAACAAGGGCAUGAUCCCGUCCUGAGGCCACUGAGCCCAAUUGGGGGGCCUCUGGACGUCACAUGGUCACAACAGUCUGUCGGAGGGAUGAGGACGACAAUGCACGAGGAUGGAUGGACGACUCACAUGAAAGCACAGCACGGGGAAAUGAACUCCAAAAGGUCCCAAGUCAAGGUUUUACCUGACUGGUCGCAGUUCUCAACAGUAGCGACUCACUCAAUUUCUGCCUCCAGUGUUCUUUUUGACACGCAAAAAAAAAAAAUGGAAUUUCGUUUGAAAGGGUUUGUUUAAAAUACUUUUGAUUAGUUCAGCCACAUAAACCUUUUUUUGUUUGUUUUCUUUUUUACAGGCAGCAACUGUCUUACACCUACCCCCAAAAUACACAGAACUCCCCCCUUUAUUCUAAGCCAAAGAGCAAACAGUUUUGUUUUUGUUUUCUUCCAUUUUGCCAUGAAACAAGUGGGUUUAACACAGAGAGACGAGACACAAUUAACUCUUGCAACAUUUUUAGUGAUCAACAAAAGAAAUCAAAGAGUUUACAGGUAAAGACAGGUCCAAGCAGACUCUCCCUGACAGGUGUGUGCGUGUGUGUGCGUGUGUGUGCGUGUGUGUGCGUGUGUGUGAAGGUAUCCUCUGCCAUGCUGUGAUUGUAGACAUUUCAAACCAUAGGUCUUUACAGGGGCUGUAGAGACUAGUUGACAAGCAUUCAGGGCUUUUAGCUCGUAAAUGUCAGCUAGACAGUGAGGUCAACUGUGGGUAUGAUCACUCGGUGGAAGUUUCCAGUGAAACGCAGUGAGUGCCAUCAUGCAAUGUUCAACAACAUGCUUUUUUUGUAAGAGGACAUUUUUAUGAUUGCUUUUCUUGAAGCAAGAGUAAAAGAUAAGGAGGGGGAGGGGGAAAAAAACAAAAUAAAUAAUUUAAGCAAUUAUUCCUUGUCAAUUUGUUAAAUGUCUGUAGAAUCUUGAACCAGCACGUGAGAUGAACAUCUCAUGGUGGAAGGUGACCUUCCAAUCUUCCCUUAGGUCAGAGGUUGGCCCUUUUGUAUUAGCUUAAAGGUUGUAUCCCAACAUCAGUACAGAGUUGUUUUAAGAGUACGUCAAUGAGCCUCUGACCUGCUGCAGAGGAGUUAAAAUGGACAAAUUCUUUGACUUGCGGCUUAUAGGAGUGCCUUGAAAUGUUAAGAACACAGUAAUACACCAUGUUAAAUCUUGUGCAUAUAAACAUUGUUAUGGUGUAUGUUUGGGUGAACCAGCCCAAACUACCCAUAUUCAGCAGCUAUUUUGAAUACUGACCAUGCUCUUCAGGUUUUGUAGGGUUUCGUAACUGACAAAAUAUAGUAUAAUUAUUUCCUAUACUUAAUACAGGAUUAUUGGAUAUGGAUUAAUAAUUCUCAAUUGCAUGUAUUUGCUGAGCAUAUUGGUGGUUCAUCUGUAUUCAGGGGCUUGGUCCAAAGUCUGAAUUUAGAAUGAACAUAUC